CCUCUCGGCCUCUCUCUCUCCCCCCCUUGUCAGACCCUGCCCACUUGUGCUCAGAUCUGCCGCUCGCCAUGCGCCUCCACCUCGGCCUCUCGUCGCGCUCCACCUUGGUGGCUCGGCCUCCCAUCGCUGCCGCUCCCGCCGCCGCUCCGUCCCUCCCGUCACGGCGCCCGUGGCGGCGUACUCGUAGCCGCCGCGCGCGAGGAGGUCAGUCCGGAGCCUCCGCUGCCGCGAGCUCCGCGUGGGCCCGGUGCGGCAGCAGGGCGCAACACCCCGGGACGGCGCAGCCCCCCUAGGGAUGCGGCGAGCUGAUGCAGGUGGAGCUGCUCCGCCCAUGGCGGCGGCGGGCGGCAGGCCACGAGCGGGCAACGAGCAGGCGGCUGUGCUGCGUGGCUACGGGGGCGAGUGGGCCACCGCCGGUCUCAUCUCCCUUCCCCAUCACGAGGGCCGCACUGUCCCUAGCCUCCUCUCUCUCUCCUCCGUCGAGUGCCUCCUCCAACUCUGGCGGCCAUUGCAGUGCCUAGAUCCAGCGGCCUGCAACCUGUUCGAGCAAAUGUGUGAAUGGUAUGGUUGAGGACUAGAUGCAGGAAGACUGGAUGCAGGAAGGAGCAAGCAGUUAGAAGAGAUUGGUUGAUGAUAAAAUGCUAGGAAUAAGCAGUAGGCAGAAGAGAUAACAUAUGUGAUGUUUUGUUUUGUGUGCUUUGUACCAGAUUCUGUCAUUCAAAGUGUAUCUGGUAGUUCAAAAGUGGUUUUGCUAACUAUUUUUAUUUUAGAGUAUUUUUGUAUAUAUAAUUUGGGAUGUUAAUAUGGGCUUGGCCCAUAUAUGUAUAGAAUUAUAUUGGCCUCUAAA